GGGAGAGAGAAACAAGGGAAGGAAAGAAAAUAACCAAGGAAGAGAGGAAAGAGAGGGGGGGAGAGAGAGAGAGGAGAGUUGAAAAUGGUCUUGUGGUUUUAAAAGCUAUAAACAGACAUGCUCUGCAACUGCUGUGUUCUUGCAUUCCAUUUCCCUUCCUUGUUUCUCUUCCUCUCUCUCUCUCUCUCUCUGAUCCUUUGGCUUCUUUUGUGCUUUGUUUUUUGGCAAUAGCUAAUAGCUAGCGGCUAGCUAGCCACUUCUCUGCUUGAUUUAAUCUUUUUAUGCCGUGUAUCAUUUUGCUAUAGCUUGCCUUUAUCGUGCUCUGUUAAAAAGAUUACACAAGCCCAAAGAGAUAAGAGGGAGGAGAGAGGAAGGAGAUUGGGUAAAAGGGUUUUUCAAUUGAGGGUUUUGGUUUUCUUUUCUUGUAAAGAAUGAUUGGUUGUUCAGGCUCCAACUGAAGUCAUACCGAGCGUUUGGGAACCGAAAAGAAUUUCUUUUUUGAGCAAACAACAAAACAAAAAGAGUUAUGUGUUUUUGGGUGAUUAGUUUUUCAGCUUCUUGAUGAUGAAAGAUUGUCAAAAAAUCAAGGGAAGUUCUCUCGAGGGAUUGCCUUAUAGAAGCGUCUCUGCGUAUAUUCAAAGUAUUUGGCAAGAAAUCUCAAUCUCUCAGGCGUUAUUGUCAAGGUAAACCAAAAGAAGAAAGAAAAGGAGAGAAUUUUUUCUCUCGUUGUGAAAUUAAUAUAAGAGAGAAACUUACCAUUUAAAGAAGAAAUCAAUUAUACAGCUCCAUCUAGAAUGAAUUGAAAUGCAAAGAAUCUAAUCCUUAAGCAACUCCAAGGCUUAUUAGAUUCUUUUGCAACCCACAACACACAGCGUUUCUUUGUUUUUGCAUAGGUGAAAAUGUCUACCAAUCAAUCUUUAGAAAUGCAAGAACCCAGCAUCGACACCGAUAAGCUAAGCUAUGAAAUCUUCUCAAUUCUUGAAAGCAAGUUUCUGUUUGGCUACGAUGAUCAGAAGCUAUGGGUCCCCAAGCAGAUCUCUUCGCCACCCACAGAGCCUAAACUUGAGUCUUUUGUAUCCCCACCAGCUGCUGAUGCCAACGGCGUCUCUGCAAUCAAGAACCAGCGAGGAAAAAUCUGCAUACUCUCCAUCGACGGCGGCGGCAUGAGAGGGAUUCUUUCUGGGAAAGCAUUGGCUUAUCUCGAGCACGCACUCAAAACCAAAUCAGGCAAUCCUGAAGCCAGAAUCGCUGAUUAUUUCGACGUCGCGGCGGGGACGGGCAUAGGAGGUAUCUUUACGGCCAUGCUUUUUGGUAGUAAAGAUAAUAACCGUCCGAUUACGAAGGCGGAUGACACUUGGAGGUUUUUAGCUGAUCAUGGCAAAAAAAUAUACCGUUCUGGUAAUGGCAAUGGAGGCGGUGGAAAUGGUCGUGGUGGCGGCGGAGGCGGCGUUCUUAAGCGGCUAUUUAAAGGCGGUUCCACUAUGGCGGCUGCCACAGCCUGUCUAGAGAAAGCCAUGAAAGAAACGUUUACAGAGCAAGGCCGGAGCUUAACGCUUAAAGAUACAUUAAAACCGGUCCUAAUCCCAUGCUAUGAUCUUUCUAGUACGGCGCCGUUUCUGUUCUCAAGAGCCGACGCAUUAGAAACCGACAGUUUUGAUUUCCGGCUCUGGGAAGUCUGCCGGGCAACAUCAGCCGAACCGGGUUUAUUCGAGCCGAUUCAAAUGGUGUCCGUUGAUGGUCAGACCAAGUGUUUAGCGGUUGAAGGCGGUUUGGCUAUGAGCAACCCAACAUCAGCAGCAAUUACCCACGUGUUGCACAACAAGCAAGAGUUUCCAUUCGUGAGAGGAGUGGAAGAUUUAUUGGUACUAUCACUAGGCACUGGUCAGCUCCUUGAAGUUAGCUACGAUUAUGAGGAGGUUAAGAACUGGAGGGCUAAGCACUGGGCUCGACCCAUGGCUCGAAUUGCGGGUGAUGGUUCGGCCGAUUCAGUGGACCAAGCAAUAGCCUUGGCAUUUGGGCAAUGUAGAAGCAGCAACUACGUAAGAAUUCAGGCAAAUGGGUCCAGCUUAGGAGGGUGUGGGCCCAAUGUGGACACAGACCCUGGUCCUAACAAUGUGAAGAUGUUGAUUGCCAUAGCAGAGGAAAUGUUGAAGCAGAAAAAUGUUGAAUCAGUGCUGUUUGGGGGUAAGAGGAUUGGGGAGCAAAGCAAUUUUGAGAAAUUGGAUUGGUUUGCAGGUGAACUUGUGCUUGAGCACCAAAGGAGGAGCUGCAGAAUUGCUCCCACCGUUGCUUUCAAGCAAGCUGCUUCUAAACCUACAUAGACUUCUCUCAACUCUUUUUAGAACCAACCUAGCCAAAAAGAAAAAGGGUAACAAAUAUAUAUAGUAUAUAAAUAUAUGAAAGAGAGAAAAAGAAAGAAAAAAAAAAGAAAGUAACAUAGCAGCUUUUACUUUUUGAAAGUGAAGAAUAGUAAGGGAAGAGGAAGAGGAAUGGAAAAGGACAAGCAAACAAAAAAGGGUAGAAGAUCUUAGUGGGAUUAGUUUGCCUGCUAGAGGACAAGCA